UGUGUGUUUGCUGUACUAGUUGCUUGAGACGCGUUCAUUGGUGCGUCCUUUAAACGUGUCACAACUUUUGAUGGAUUACCCCACUUUUGAGUCCUCAGGCGCGGCUCACCCUUCUCAGUCCACUCACUAGUGCGCAUCUCUCCAAACGUCUCUCAUCAGGGACAGGAAGCUUUCAGAGUCAUUCCCGUGGAUCUCCAUCUCCUCGACCAUGUGUGUGUCGUACCUGUGUGCUGAAAGGGGCCACGGCGGGCUCGCGUCCGCGGUGCUGUCCACGCUGGUGGUGCUGAGCGCGCUCAUGGCGGAGGGAACGAGCGCGGCCGCCACUGCUGGAGCACCAACCCCCUGCCCGACGUGCGGUAUGCCGGCGGUGGAGAAGGGCUCGGAGGAACGGUACCUGGUCGAACUCGUCAAACAACAGAUUCUGAACAAGCUUCACCUGCGGGAGAGGCCGAACAUCACGCAGACGGUGCCGCGGGCCGCGCUCAUGACGGCGCUCCGCAAGUUAAACGCGGGCCGCCUGAGACGCGACGGGACUCUGGAACUGAACAAUAACUUACCGAACCAGCGCGCCGGUAACCAAGCGUACGAGAUAGUCAGUUUCGCUAAUGUCGAUGAUGAAGUCUUUGGUGGAAUUGACUCCAGUUUGUCAUUCCAGUUUCUGCAGGAGAAAGAUCACAGCAUGCUGGUCCUGCAGUCAUCUCUGUGGCUGUACGUGCGCCCAGCCGAUGCUUCUCCGCAUGCUGACAGCAUGAUCGCCGAAAUCUACCUGUCGGGGACGGGCGACACCAAUCACACACUGCUGCUCCAAAGGAGCCUGGAGGUAACGCGAGGUGGGUGGCAAACGUUCCCUAUUACCAGCACCCUUCAGGCGUUGCUGGACAGGGGCCAGCGGAGUCUCCGCUUGGAGGUGCAUUGUGAAGAAGGAGGACACAACCUGUGUAGCCACGGCGCCUCCAGCGACUCCUCUCACCAGCCGUUCCUGGUGGCAGAAGUGCGGCUUCGAGACAACGCCUUCAAACACGCCCUGAGCAAGCGCUCGCUGCGCUGCGGCGACGACCCGAAAGUGUGCUGCAAGAAAGACUUCUACAUCAAGUUCCGUGACAUCCAGUGGCAGGACUGGAUCAUUGCGCCCGAGGGCUACCACAUGAACUUCUGCAUGGGACAGUGUCAGGAGCAUCUGUCGGGGUCUCCGGGCAUCGCGUCGUCUUUCCAUGCCACCUUGUUCAGUCAGAUGAAGGCGAACGGCAUUCACGCGGCGGUGUCGUCGUGUUGCGUGCCCACGCAGAAACGGCCGCUCUCCAUGGUCUACUUCAACUCGCAGCACACCAUCGUAAAGGCGGACGUCCCGGACAUGAUCGUGGAGUCCUGCGGAUGCACGUAAACAACAAACAUGCCAUCGGACAUUAGAGUAAUGAGGCUGAGACAGAUACACUUAAUUUUCUGGGGAAUAAGAACAAAUAAUGUUGUUUUUAUGUUUAAUAUGUAAUGAUAUGUUAUAUAGCGCCUUACCAAACACAAAAGCAGUACAUGCACAAAAAUCCCCAUUGUGCCGGUUGCAAACGUUUGCUUUGUUUUUAUUUCUCUCUGUAUGUUUUGUCUUGUUAUAUUGUUUUCUGUGAAGCACUUGCGUCAUUGUGUUUUGGGCCGGUGAUGUUUUAAUUUCUUAGUCUGGCACGUUUACAGACAUCUUCAUGUUACUCUGCCUUCAUGAGACGGUCUUUUAAUAAUGCAUCUAAAUAAAGGCCAGUGCUGGUUAUAAAAAAUGACAUAAAAUCUGCUAUUAUCUUCAACAAAUAAUUGAUCAUCCCGGUUUUGGGGAAAAAGCAGCAUUUCUAUGAAGACAAUCAAUAAUGUCUAAAAGGCAAAGAGCGUGUUUGCUUGGGCAAAUAAUUAAAGUGUCACAUUUAUUUGGCACUGUUUUAAUCUACCGUGGACAGAGUGCAAAAACGCUUUUUUUUCUGGGGUUAUUAAUACAAUUAUCAUUUAAUUAUUUUUAAACACAAUUAAAAAUCGUAUUUUAUCUAAAUUGCACAAUGAUGAUUAAUCGACUUUAUAGACAUUACAGUUUUAUCGUCUGUUAAUGCUGAUAUUCUGUAAAGCUGCUUUGAAACAAUGUGUGUUGUGAAAGGCGCUAUACAAAUAAACUUGACUUGAC